UAAAUUCGAACAAGAUUUCUAUUACUGUGGUUAUCGUUCACUGCACUGAUUCAGUGAUUGUGUAAUUUGUUAGUGGCAGAUAAUUAUUUUGCGUUGUUAAAUCAUCUCUUACGAUGGAAGUGUCUUAUGCUUCAUGGUUACAAACACUAUGUAAUCAUAUAAAAAGCGGGGAUGUUCAAGCAGUUACUUUGCUGUUGAAUGAUCACUGUUUACCGUGCCAUCAUGGAGAUGGAAGCAGCUUGCUACUUAGAGAAAACCCUCUUCACUUGGCUGUUCAACAGAACAAGUUAGAGAUCGUGGAGCUUCUUCUGCAGAAAGGUGCUCAUGUUGACAGUACUAACCUUUAUGGGGAAACUCCACUUCAUGUGGCAUGUCGAUAUGGAAACACAGACAUGAUCUGCAAACUUCUGUCAGUAAGGUCAGCCUUGAACUCGAUGGACUGUGGCGAGUCAACCCCCAUGUUCCAUGCCGUGUAUUACAAACAGGCAGCAGCUGUAGAUCUUCUUAUUAGAGCUGGUGCCAAUCUUGAUACGCUGAAUGAGGAACUUAUGACACCACUCGACCAUGCUGUGCUGUACAACCAGCAAGAAAUAAUCUCCCUUUUGCUGAAAGGGGGCUGUACUCUUGAAAAAUCCACAGGAACAGUUUGGGAAUCUGGUCAUUAUUCAAACUCUAUUCUUUUUUCGCUGUGGACUAACAAGGACUUGGCGAAUAUAUCGGUGUUAUUAAAAGCGGGCUAUAAACUGACGAGCUCACAUUUGAAUAAACUGUUCCUCGUUGGUCGUCAAUUGCAGUGGGACACGUCUUUCCUGCAGAACGUUGAGCAGCUGAUGUGCGAGCCGUUGUCUCUCAAGGACUGCUGUAGAGUGACAGUACGUAGACAUUUAAUGAACUUGAAAACGAUGCGACAGAAGCCGCUUCAGUCAAUGGUCCUGUCUCUCCCAUUGCCGUCAUUGCUGCGGGAUUUUGUGAGCAUGUUUGAUUCGUCGACUGUACUUGUAACGCUUGAUGAUGCAGAGAAAAAAGCCAGUGAUUCUGUUUCCCCUUGUGAACAAUACCCCUCUCAGAUAAGGACUCUGCAACAUUUGUGAUAUAUGUAGUUGUUAUCUGUGAUUCGUUUAGUCCGUUUAAAAUAUAAAUGAAGAGGGUGCGGAAGAUU